AUGGCUAAACACCGCAAACCCAAGUCAAAGACACAGGAUACAACGUCGGAGCCUGGUCUACUUGAUCUCUCCGAGGACGAGCAAUGGCGUAUCGUCAAUCAAACAGGUAUACUGAAGAAGCUUUCCAGUUCUGAACGUGAGCAGCGAACUGAGGAUGAGGAGCGUGUUGACUUCGGGGACGAGGUGUUCAAUGCUACCCUGUUUAUCAUCCCAAUGUCUUUCCUUCUACUCCUCAUGGAAAUGUGCUACGGUAGGAAGCCGACAUAUAUGGAGCUGGCGGAUAGGAUGGUCCCUGGUGUACCGAUUCUCUCUGUAUUCAUAUUCUACACUACCCGCUACAAACGGUAUCGGACCAUGCAGUUCCUUCUUUUUGUUCUGUCUGUGGUGGUGGGUCCUAGACUGGUGUACCUCAUUAACCGCGCGUCGUGGCGGGUUGUCAUGAAGCAGUGCCCCCCUCUGGCUACGCUUUGGGUAUACGCUGUGCUACAGCUGGAUCUUGGUCCCGCUACUCUAAACAUGAUCAUUGUUGGGAGCUGGAUGUGGUACAAGGAGAUGAAAAUCUUUUUGUGA